AUGCCUGCCUUAGACGCUCCCGAAGAGAGGCUGAGAAAAUUUAAGUACUGGGGCAAAGAUGCAUCUGUGAGGCGGCAGCAGAGGGUGGCGGCCAGCCUGGAGCUCCGGAAGGCCAAGAAGGACGAGCAGAGUUUAAAGAGAAGGAACAUCGGUCCCCUGUCCUCCGAUGUGGCUUCAGAGGUCCCUGCCACCAGGGUGCGUGGGGUCAGCCUCACUCUGGAUGAAAUAAUCAAAGGCGUGAACAGCUUGGAUCCAACUCUCUGUUUCCUGGCCACGCAGGCAGCCAGGAAAAUGCUGUCGCAGGAAAGGAACCCCCCCCUAAAAGUGAUGGUGGAAGCGGGGCUCAUCCCGAGGCUGGUGGAAUUGCUGAAGCCCCCCGUCCCCCCCCACCUGCAGUUCGAGGCGGCCUGGGCUUUGACCAACAUCGCCUCCGGGACGUCAGAGCAGACUCGGGCUGUGGUGGAAGGAGGCGCCAUCCCACCCUUGACCGAGUUGCUGUCCUCCCCCCAUGCCACCGUGUGCGAGCAGGCCGUGUGGGCGCUGGGCAACAUAGCCGGUGAUGGCCCAGAAUUCAGAGACCUUGUUAUCUCAGGAGGUGCUAUUCCGCAUCUGCUCGCUCUUCUGUCAUCAGCCAUCCCAAUCACAUUUCUACGAAACGUCACGUGGACCCUGUCCAACCUGUGCCGGAACAAGAACCCGUACCCCAGCCAGGCAGCCGUGAGGCAGGUGCUGCCGGCGCUCACCCACCUCCUGUGCCACCACGACAGCGAGGUCCUCUCGGACACCUGCUGGGCCCUGUCCUACCUCACCGACGGCCACAAUGAGCGCAUCGGCCAGGUGGUGGACACGGGGGUCCUGCCCAGGCUGGUGGAGCUCAUGGCCGGCUCAGAACUCAGUGUCCUGAGCCCUGCUCUGCGCACCGUGGGGAACAUCGUCACGGGAACAGACCAGCAGACCCAGAAGGCCCUUGACGCCGGGAUGCGCCCUGCCCUGCCCCAGCUCCUGAGGCACCCCAAGUCCUCCGUCCAGAAGGAGGCCACAUGGGCCCUGAGUAACGUGGCAGCUGGGCCCCCUCACCACAUCCAGCAGCUGAUCGCGAGUGACAUACUGCCCGCUCUGGUGGCCCUGCUGAAAAGCGCGGAAUUCAAAGUCCAGAAGGAGGCUGUGUGGACGGUGGCGAACUUCACCACGGGGGCCUCAGUGGAGCAGUUGUUCCAGCUUGUCCACGCUGGGGUCUUGGGGCCCCUGAUGGACCUGCUCACUGUCCCCGAUGUGAGAAUUGUCGUCAUCAUCCUCGACGUGGUGGCCUGUGUCCUCCAGGCUGCAGAGAAGGUUCGAGAGAAGGCCAGCCUGUGCCUCCUGUUGGAGGAGCUGGGCGGCGUGGACAGGAUCGAGGCGUUGCAGCUCCACGAGAACCGUCAGAUCAGCCGGUCCGCCCUGAGCAUCAUCGAGAAGCACUUCAGUGAGGUGCGUGACCGUGACCGUCACGUGGAGACAGGUGCAGGGGACCGCCCUGCGGCUCAAGGGCACUUAGAACCAAUUGCGGCGCCCCGGGGAUUUGGAGGAGCCCGAUGUGCGUGCGUGAGGAGGUGUGAGGAGCCCGGCGCUGUCACUGUGUCUCCUUCCCUGAAGGAAGAAGAGGAGGCCAUCAGUUUCUCGCUCUGGUCCCCGGAGUGCAGCUGCGUCAGGAUCUUCACCGAGAACCCGCCGAGCGCCUGGAAUUUGCAGGACCAGAAUUGGUAUCGCGUGGCCGUGGGCAAGGCCACGGGGUCCUGCCACCCUCAACUUCCGGGACCCGGAAACGCGAUUCCGCCCUCGGAACCUCGGCGUCUGCGGUUCGAGUAG